AUGGCGACGCUGCUGAGGUUCAAGAUCGAGCCAGACGAGUUGCGACGCGCGAUCCAAGCGAGGCACGACCAGGCCGAGCUGUCGAGACGCUCGCACUUUGUCGCGGCGCGCAAAAUUCAAGCCUGGUUCCGCGGCGUCGUCACUCGCGCUCAUCUCCGUAGGCUCCACGAGUGCGCGACGACGCUGCAGCGUCACUGGCGCGGCUACCGCACCAGGAUACUCGCCAGGCGCUACCUCAUCGAACAUGUACACCAGAUGUGGCAGGAUUAUUACGACAGCAUGGCGACGAGGAUCCAAGCCAUCUGGCGGGGUUAUUGGGCGAGAAAAACGCGGGCGAAUGUUGUGCAGCUGCGACGGUGGCUGCGGGCCGUUUACGCGAAGAACGACGAAGUUUGCGAGAACAUGAAGAAAUACAGGCAAGCGGAACUCGAGAACAUGGAGAGCGCGAGCGAGCGAGAGUCGUUGCUACGGGUUUUGUUCGUUCUCUUCAAGGUAGGACGUUAA